CUGUCACCCGCAAAAGUCUUAUAAUUGUAAGCACAAUAUCGAUUAUACUUGUCUUCCACGUGCAACAAAGCUGAAACCACAACAAUUUGCUCUGCUGUGUUGUACACUAGUGGGAUCAGCCUGUGUCUAUGAUCCCAAUUUCAAGUUCAUAGUAAACUCUGGAGAGACUGUAAGACUUUGGAUGCACAUAUAGUGUGACAGUUGACGCACGAUAUGGGAAAAAGGUCAAAAGACAAGCGUGACAUUUAUUACCGCCUAGCAAAAAGUGAUGGUUGGAGAGCAAGAAGUGCUUAUAAAUUAAUACAAAUAGAUGAGAAAUUUAAGAUUCUUGAUGAAGUUAGACGAGUAGUUGAUUUGUGUGCUGCUCCAGGUAGCUGGAGUCAAGUCCUAUCCAAAAGACUCAGGGCUGAUGAUCCCAACACAGAUACAAAAAUUGUUGCUGUUGAUUUGAUGAUAAUGGCACCCAUUGAUGGUGUCACAUGUAUCUGUGGUGACAUUACAAAGGGUGAAACAGCUAAAGAAAUUGUUAACCAAUUUGAUGGAAGCUUAGCAGAUCUUGUGGUUUGUGAUGGAGCACCAGAUGUCAGCCACAAAAGUGAUUUUGAUGAAUAUGUGCAGUCAUAUUUGGUGCUGUCUGCCCUCAAUAUCAGUACUCUCAUAUUAAAACCAGGGGGAACAUUUCUAGCUAAAAUAUUUCGUGGGAAGGAUGUUAACCGUGUAUAUGCCAAACUGAAACAAUUUUUUACUGAAGUCAUGUGCGUCAAACCAAAAUGUUGUCGAAAUUCAAGCAUAGAAGCCUAUGUUUUAUGCAAAAACUAUUCUCCUCCUGUCAACUAUGAGCCAACUAUGCAGGCACUGCUGCCUUUGAAGGAAACCUCUGACUUUCUCACUCUGUCUCAGUCCACAAAUGCUAUUGUACCUUUUAUAUGCUGUGGUGAAGAAAGUCCGUAUGAUGCAGAUAUGUGCUAUCCAGUUGAGUUGGAUGCAGAAGGAAAGCAUGUACCUCUCCCACCAGUUCAGGAACCUAUUUCACCGCCAUAUGCAAAGUACCUUAUGAUGAAGAGAAACAAUGAGCUUCCAAAAUAUUAAAAUCAGUAAAAGUUGUGAGAAAAUGACCUGGAUGUACCACGGUUUUGUUUUACGUAAAUUUUAUAAAAUAAAUAGUGUAAAUUAA